AUGAAUUUAUUUUCCAGGUUACCUGGUGUUUCAUACAACAUUCAUGGAAAUAAAAUGUCUUCUAAAUGGGCAUGUUGGACGCCUGUAACAAAUAUUACGCUGUGUAAUAACGAAAGAUCAAGUACUUCACAAGGAGACACAUUUAUUCAAGAUAUUGCUAUCAACAAAAAUUUUACUAAACAAAAAUCAUCCUCUUCAGUAUCUGAUGAUAAUUCUGAAGAAACAGGAAAGGUGGAAUAUAAAAAAGAAGUAACGCAGCGUAACAAAAUAGAUAAAGGAGAAGUAGAUGUUUGCAGAAGAACCAAUCAACAACUAAAUCAAUGUUCAAAGCAGAAAAAUAUUGAAAAUACCAAGCAGAGUGAUUGGCAUAUUGAAUCUGAAACUACUUUUAAAUCAGUUCUCCUAAAUAAAACAGUUGAAGAAUCUCUCAUCUAUAGGAAGAAAUACAUAUUGUCAAAAGAUGUGAAUACUGCUAUUUGUGAUAAAAGCCCCUCUCCUAGUAAAAAUGCAAAGAGUCUUAGGAAAUCAAGAAAAAGAUUAACAUCUGAACUUAAUUCCUUGGAUUUGAAACAAAAAAAAAUGAGAGAAAAGUCAAAAGGGAAAACACUUGCUGAUGCAGCAGAAUCCUUGAUAAGCCAAAUUAAUAAGAGAUACAAACCAAAUGAUGGUAUACGGUCUGCAAGAAAAUUAAAGGAGUCUUUCAUUAACAGUGGUUUUUCAAACAAAUAUGAUCUACAGCUCAGCAAGGAAAAGGGUCAGAAAAAAAGUUAUAGACAACUGAAGACUACUUUUGUUAAUGUUACUUCUGAACGUUCAUUGAAUGAUGUUUACAAUUUUAAAUUGAAUGGAGCUGAUGAGCCUAUUAUAAAACUUGGGAUCCAGGAAUUUCAAGCUACAGCUAGAGAAGCCUGUAUGGAUAAUUCAAUAAAAUUGGUUGGUUUAAGGAAUCAUGAUGAACUCGAACCUUCUCUCAAAACCAAAGAUAAAAGAGUAACAAGUCAUAAAAAUAAAAACCUCUUUAGUGAUACUGACACAGAAUACAGCUGUGAUGACGGCAAGACUGACAUUAGCUGGCUAAGAGAAUCAAAAUCGAAACCACAGCUAAUAGGAUAUAGCAGAAAUAAAAGUGUGAAGAAGAAAGAGAAAAGUGCGAAAUCAAGACCAUCUUUGGAAAGGGAACAACCAAGAUCUAAAAUGACACCCAAGAAGAAUAUUACCAAAAAGGUAGAUGAAACCAUUCUAGAUGGGAGAACCAGACUUCCACGAAGAGCAGCAAACACAAAAAAAAAUUAUAAAGAUCUCUCAAAUUCAGAAUCAGAAUGUGAACAAGAAGUUUCACACUCAUUGAAAGAGAAAUUGCUAGUAAAGGAGGAGAAUAUCCAUUCCAGAAGCAAAACCAUGAAGCUGCCAAAGAAACAGCAGAAUGCCUGCUCUGCGGAAACACAAAAGGAUAUAUCAAAAGAAUGGGCAAACUCAUCUCUCCUAAAAAGUACUACUAUAAGAGACAACAGCCUUGACUUAUCUUCUGUGUCUUUACCUGGGAGUUCACCCUCUAUAGAAGUAAUGAGAUGCACAGAAAAAAUAACAGGAAGGGAUUUUACUCAGGAUCAUGACUGUAUAACAAAAUCCAUAUCAUCUAAUACAAAAACUUCCUCACCUGAAUCCUUCAACAGUAAAUAUGGAGUGGAAGGACCAGUAAAGUCACUGAAAAACAGUGUGAAAAAUUUACUGUGUGCAAGAGAAAGUUGUUCACCAAUUCCACAAUCAUUCUCUUUGCCUAGGUAUACUCCUAUUAAAAAUAAUACUAUUGUGAAUAGAAAAAAAGUAAAUUUUGAUGUUUUUAAAUAAGAAACAUAAAAUUGCAAUAGCUAUUCAGAUGUAAACAAUUAUAAUUCAGAAAAACAACAGUUUAUGGAUAUUGAACCUCCAGAUAUCAAUAACAACCAUAUACAAAGCAAAAGGGAGGAAAGUCAUUCAGCAUCUCUACUAUCCAUGUCUAGUGAGGAAGGAGAGAAAAUAAGAUGUGACAUGCCCUGUGACUCUGCUCAUUUAUCAGGCCCUACACACCAUCUUAAUCGCAAACGAAUGUACAUAGAAGAUAUUAAUCCUGUUGAAGUAGGAUUGGAAGAAGAAGAGGAAGGGAGAGCAAACUUGCUUCCCCAAAAACUGUCUAAAAUGGAAAAUGCAGAUCAUCACAGUCACAAAAUGUCUGAAAGUACAUGUCCAUUAUCAGCAAAUGACUCUUCUAUUCCUGUGAAGAACUGGGGAACUGAAAUUUCAGAUGUAGACAUGAUGUGUGAGCAGUUCAAUACAGAAUUUAAGAAGAAAUAUAAUAGUCACCACAAAUUGAUGGAUAAUUUUACUAUGCAGUCUUGGAAAACAGCUCAACAACAUCUGAAAAUAAUGAACCGUCAUAUUCAGGAAUACAGGAUAAAAAAACUUGAUAAAUUCCAGUUCAGCAUCAUAAAAGAGUUGGAGAAUUUUGAAAAAGAUUCACAGUCUUUAAAAGAUUUGGAGAAGGAAUUCGCGGACUUUGGAGAAAAGAUGGUUCAGAAGUUCAGUGUCUAUCAAAAAAGUGAACAAGAGAGGCUUCACCAUUUGAAAGCUUCCUUGGACAAAAAUGUCUUCUAUGGCACAGGUCAAGAAGAAACUAUUUGUACAUCUGAGAUGUGUUUCAUGAAAGAAAACAUGAAAAUUCUGCAAGACAAGCUUCUUAAGAAAAUGCAAGAAGAGGAGCUUCUUAAUGUACGCAAAGGACUGCUGUCAUUAUUCAUGGCUUGUGAAACAAAUGUUAAUGUGGAGCUCUAG